AUGUGGCGGUGGCGCUAUGUGAGCGGCCCGCAGCUGCACGGCUUCCGACACUACAAGUACAGUGCUGUGGAUACAAAUCCUUUAUCUGUGUAUAUUAUGCAGCCCAUCUGGAAUAAAAUUAUUAAGAUAGUGCCUUUGUGGAUUGCUCCCAACCUGUUAACAUUCUCUGGAUUUGUCAUGAUUUUAUUUAAUUAUUUUUUAAUAUCUUUUUAUGACUGGGACUACACUGCCUCAGGUACCAGUCCUGGACUUGUUCCCACCUGGGUGUGGCUGUUCAGUGCUUUUACCACCUUUUGUGCUUAUGCUUUAGACUCCAUAGAUGGGAAACAUGCUCGAAGGACUCAGUCCAGUACUCCCCUGGGAGAGCUAUUUGACCAUGGGCUGGAUAGCUGGGCUACCUCCAUUUUUGUGCUUUCCUUUUUUUCUGUCUGUUCCCGUGACAAUGGGAAGAGUGGAGUUUCUGUAUAUACAAUGUAUAUAUAUUUAAGCAUUGUCCUGUUUAACUUCAUGUGCUCACACUGGGAGAAAUAUAACACAGGAGUUCUUUUUCUUCCUUGGGGAUAUGAUAUAAGCCAAGUGGUGUUAAUAGCAGCAUAUCUGCUCACUGGUACUGUUGGUGUGGAGGUCUGGCAGAAGCCUUUGCUCUUUGGUUAUUAUAUUACAGAUGUAUUAGUUAUCCUGCUCAUAGGCUUCAGUUUGUUUCUGUCAUUUCCACAAACACUCUACAACAUUCACAGAGCACAUUUAAAGAAAACACUGAAGAAUGAUUCUCUGUAUGAAGGACUGCUACCUCUUGUGUCACCUCUGUUGCUGUUCAUUCUUCUUACAGCCUGGGUGGUUUUAUCUCCAAGCAACAUAUUAGCAAAGCAACCCAGACUGUUUUUAUGGAUGGUUGGGGUUGCUUUCUCAAAUGUAAUUUGCAAGGUGAUCAUCUGCCAGAUGAGCAGCACGCGGCCGGAGCUGUUCCACUGGUUCCUGUUCCCGCUGGCGCUGGUGGUGUACGCGGCCAUCUCGGGGCUGCUGGGCCCCAUGGAGGAAGCGGUUCUGGCCGUGUUCACCGCCCUGGUCACGGCUGCCCACGUGCACUACGGCGUCUGCGUGGGUAGGCAGCUGAGUGAGCACUUGAACAUUUACAUCUUCUCCCUGAAGAAACGCGUCCAAGACUGAACACCUGCACUAUGAUCAGACUGGAACACUUGACAUGGAGAUUUGCAGCUCUUCUGAUGUGAUAAAUAGUCGGAAUGAAUCUGAUUAAAACAACCAAAGAAUAGAAUAGUACAGAUAUCUGAACCACUGCAACAAUGAGCUAUGCAGCCAGAUGCCUCAUCUCAGAGGAAGAUCCUGUCCAGCAGAGAACUUCACCAAGUUGUUCUGUUGAUAUUUAUUCUUCUUACCAAGCCAUGUUACUUGCCUCUCUUUUGUCUUCCUCUGCCUUACCACUGUGUCCAAAGUCCUGGAUAAAUGCAUGCUGGGUUACACAAGAUCCUUGGUUGUUUAUAACCAGCACCGGUUUUACACAGCCUAGUCACCAGUGGGACCCCAGCAAUGCAAACCCUCCCUGUGCAUCCUUCCCACUCACACAUCUGUGCCUGCUUCAUUUGCCAUAUUUAAUUUUCUCACAGCUCAUUUCUUCCACACAACCUCCUGAAAGGCUUAUGCACAUUUAGUCUUUUCCUCACCUCAUUUGAAUGUGUGAAGACAAGAGAAUGAGCUCAGAAAGCUAUGGGUACAGUAAAGUGUUUUUGAAAUGUACAGUUUUUUCCCCAUUCUCAGCAUUGAGUCUCAGCUGACCUGUCAGAAAUGUAGGCUUAACACAGCAGCAGCUGGCCCUUCUAUUGAUUUUCUAGGCAGUAACAAGCACAUUGUUUAUAUUUCAGUAGCGACAAACAAUAUAGCCUACAAAGGUAAACAGCUGAAAAUAAAUUUGGCCAGCAAACCUUCAAAGAUUUGCAUACUUCUCUUCAAAGCUAGUUUCAGUCCAACAUCAUCUACCAGUGCAAAAUGCUAAACAAGUCAUUAUUUGCCUGUAUGCUUGAAGCAAAUUCUUGUGGUUUUGGAAAAUGCCAUAGGAAAAAGAAACAAGAUUUUUUUUUUUUU